AUGGCUGGAUUUGUUAAUGCUCUGAGGCCUAAGAAGUUCUCUGGCGAGCACUUCAAGAGAUGGCAAACGAGAGUGAUUUUGUGGCUCUCUGCCAUGAACGUGCUGUGGGUGUCCAAGGGCAAACCUGAGGGGCCUCUUACCCCUGAUCAGGAGAAGGCCUUUACCGAGGCCAACACACUUUUUGUGGGCGUUGUGAUCGGUACACUUGUAGAUCGUCUACAGGAUGUGUACCUACAUCACACAGACGCUAAAAAGUUGUGGGACGCCCUGGAAGCCGAUUAUGGCGGCACAGAUGCUGGCGCUGAGCUGUACAUCAUGGAGCAGUACCAUGACUACAAGAUGACCGAUGAGAAAUCUGUAGUCGUGCAGGCUCAUGAGAUACAGUGCAUGGCCAAAGAGCUUGAGCACCUCAAGAUCAACCUACCCGACAAGUUUGUGGCUGGUGGCAUUAUUGCCAAGCUACCUCCUUCAUGGAGGGAUUUUGCCACUACUCUCAAACACAAGAGGAUAGAGAUAUCAGUGUCUGAUCUGAUAGCAUCUCUUGAUGUUGAGGAGAAAGCUCGGGCCAAGGAUGGGCGAUCUAAGGCUGCUGAGGGCCAGACUAGUGUCAACAUGGUGCAAAAGUCUUAUGGCAAAGGCAAGGGCAAGGGAAAGAAGACCAAGCCGCAGCCUACAACUACUUUCAAGAAGAAGAAAUUUAAGGAAGGUCAAGGCUGUUUUGUGUGUGGAUCUACUGAUCAUUGGGUAAAGAAGUGCCCACACCGCAAAGGAAGAAAGCCUUCACCUGAGCAGAAGACUGUGAACACGGUCACCAUGGCUGGAGUGGAAACCAACCGCUCGGGAUUCUACCGUGAUGAUGGGCAAUGGGUCGCAUGCUACUGUUCAUGGUGUUGGCAUGGUCGAUCUGAAACUUACUUCGGGAAAGAUCGUGCAGCUGAAGAACGUGCAGCAUGUCCCUACUAUCGGCAAGAAUCUAGUUAGUGGAUCCCUUCUGUGUAGGGAUGGUUUUAAAGUAGUGAUUGAGUCCAAUAAAUUUGUCGUGUCUAAGUGUGGACAAUUUAUCGGUAAAGGCUAUGAGUGCGGAGGCUUGUUCCGUUUUUCAGUCUCAGAUUACUGCAA